ACUGAACUCAGCACAGAGGAGGAGGAGGAGGAGGAGGAGGAGGAGGACCCGGCCGGGGCUCUGGGGGGGACGCCUAGAUCACAUCCGGGGCCGCGCGGCUGCGGGGCGCUGGCCGGGGCGCGCACCGACUCUCCACCAGGGGUGAUAUGUGAUACCGGCAGGAUGCCAUAUUUGGACCGGCUGAACCGCGUGUGCGGCUUUCUGGACAUCGAGGAAAAGGAGAACAGCAGUCGCUUCCAGAGGCGAUACUUCAUCCUCGAUACGCAGGGAAAUGUUCUGCUGUGGUACAUGGACAAUCCUCAGAACCUGCCCAGUGGAGCCAGCUUUGUUGGCAGCCUGAGAUUAACCUACAUCUCUAAGGUGAGCGAAGCUACACUGAAGCAGAAGCCUAAGACGGAGUUCUGCUUCGUUAUAAAUGCAGUUUCACGCCGGUACUUCCUGCAAGCCAACGAUGUGACUGACAUGAGGGACUGGGUGGCUGCUCUCAACAAGGCCAGCAAGAUCACUGUUCCUAAAUCUUGCCCUGCACCUCCAAAGUCCGAUGUGACCACAGUGAUCGGUGACGUCCAAGCUGGGAAGAAACAGCAGGCCUACAAGGCAGAGAUCAUUGGCGGUGUAGUGGUGCAUACUCCCAUCCAGAAUGAGAGCGAAGAGACAGACGGGAGGGAACGGAAGGGAAACAGACCUGGUGUGCUGAGAUGUGGUUACUGUGUCAAACAAGGAAACGUGAGGAAGAGCUGGAAGAGACGAUUUUUUACCCUGAACGACCAUGCAGUCAGUUACUACAAAUCUGAUAUGGACAAGGAGCCUCUCCGGGCCAUUCCACUGAGAGACAUUCAGAAAGUUCACGAGUGUCUGGUCAAGUCAGGGGAGCUUCUGCUUAGAGACAACCUUUUUGAGAUCAUCACCAGCUCCAGAACUUUCUACAUCCAGACAGACUCCCCAGAGGAGAUGCAUGGUUGGAUCAGGGACAUUGAGAUGAAGAUCCAGGAAUUCAGAGGACCGCCAAGGACAAUGGGUUCCCACAUUAAACGUGCUUCUUCUCUCUAUCGAAAUCAUAACGCCUCCCCCUGUGCAUCUCGUGGUCAACAGAGCGAGGAGCGCAGACCCGCGCUGGUCAAGUCCUGCUCGGUGGCCCCGGGCUGGCAGCCCUGGACGCCCGUUCCUCCGUGCGAGCCGUCCAUCCUGGACACGGAGGAUGAGGACAGCGCCUUCAGCUCCGCGCCCACCCUGCCUUCUCUCUCCUCCUCCUCCACCUCCUCUUCCACAUCCUCCUCCUCCAACUCCCUCUCCACCCUGACCCCUUGCCCCGGCGCACCUCCGGCCCCUUCGGCCAGCGGGCUGGGGAUGCUCACGGCCUCGGCGGACGCGGCGAGCGGGCGGCGGCGCCACCGCUCGCAGCCCCAGCCUCACACCCCCUGCAGCUUCCCCUUCAGGCUGGACGACGACGGCAUCCGCACCACAGACGUGUAGAGCUCUGCGCGUCUCGGACUAAAGUGUCGGCGGCUGACUUGUAAUGGUGACUGCUAAUAAUAAUAUUCCCUUAUAAAGAAGAGACACUGUGAGCGUGUGCCCCAGCAGCAGUGCGUGUGGAAGGCAGCGCCGGCUGGUGGUGGAGAUGGGUGUUGCAGAUGAAGGAUGCACCCAGCGGGAGGAAGAAAGUGGAGAGGUACACUGUUGUUCACAGGACUGUGAAAACAUUUCAUGGAGUGUUUUUUUUUUCUCUCCUAUUUUUUGGCAACCUCCUUUGAAAACUUGAAUAAUCGUGUUAGUUGCUCUUGUAGAAUUAAAAAUGAUGGCACAUGCUUGUAAUCUGUUGCACUAGGCACUCGUUGGUUCUGUAUCAUUGUCACAUCUGCAUUGAAUGACUCUUCAACACUCGUGUAUCCAUAAUUUUAUAUAAAAACAUACGUGUAUAUACAUAUAUGUAUGUAUGUAUAAAUAUGAAGCUUCUUUUUACAUAUUGCUAAAUGUUGUUUUUUUUGUCUGAUGGGCCCAGCAGUGUUUUUUCUUUUUCCUAUCGCGAUACUUGGAAGAUUUGGAAAAUUAUCUUAGAAUGAGCAACAAGCAUUUGACUCCAAACAUCCUCUAUGUGAGGCUCUCUUUUUUUUCCCCUUUUUUUCUGAUCUGAUAA